UUCGAUUCGCCUGUGACAAUCCCACGACAGUCGAACAAUUCAAUGAUAUUGGUGGUAUCAAACAGAUAUUAAAGUAUAUAGAAGAUACGUUACAUUCGAAACUUUUCAAACAAAUUCUGGAUAUAGCUGUUUGUUUAUCGCAUACAUCUAGGGGUAGAAAAAUGCUGCACAUGUAUGGUAUCGUCGAUUAUUUAUUACAUACGUUAUUUGGUAACGUGCAAGAAAUGUACGAAAUCAGUUGUCACGGUAUCGGUAUGAUGACUCUAUACAGUCGAGCAGCUAAAGAUUUAACUACAAGCAAUUGCGUGAAAAACAUUCUAGAUGUGCUGAAAAAUGACAAUUUGAACUGGUCUGCUAGACAAGCAGCUUUAUUUGCUUUAAAUCAAUUAAUGAAAUGUGAUAUAAAGAAUUGUGAAGAUUUCUUAAGUAUUCAAGGACAGAAUUAUUUGUUGUGGCUGAUGAAAACAAUAGGAAAAGUUCCAGUUGAAAUUUUAGUUGAUGCCGUAGAUUGCCUUAUUUCAAUAGCAAGAAAUCAAGUAUUGAGAGAUAUUAUUAUUAACACGGAUAUCAUUGAGGCUAUGUGUGCAUCUUUCGAAUUAACCUGUACAUCGAUGGAUGAUUUCAAAAUUGCCUGCUGUAAAGCUUUAUCCAUGAUGUGUCUAGAGGAGAAGGGAAGACAAGAAUUUCUAAAGAUCGAAGGUCCCAAAAGAUUAUAUAAUCUAUUAUGUGACAUCAAAUCGAUUCCAAUAAGAGACGCAGCUGCUCAAUUGAUUCAAUUGUUAUGCGCAGAUCCGGUUCUGGCAAAUGCUUUUGUUUCGGCCAGAUUCUUGAAUUACAUGUUGAAUAACCGAAGCACUGCGCGAAUCGUUCCUUCUUGGGACACGUGUAUAGAAGCCUUAUUUGAUUCACAUCUGCCGAUCAAGUUCGCUUUUACUGGACGACUUUCAUUGCAUGACAUCACUCAUGAUGGAUUUUACGUGCUUCGAAGAAACGUUUGCACAUUUCCUAUAUUGGACGAUAUCCUUCGAUUCAAAUUCUGUCCUCUGGAACCUAUCUAUGUAGUCAAUUGUAGUGAACCAGAAGAUUGUAAUCAAUUGAAUUUGGAAGAAUCGAAAGAAACAAUUAGUCGUGGCGUUUUCUUGUCGACCGAAAUAGCAAAGUUAACAUUUGAUACCAAGUUUGGUACUCUUCAGCGUGAUACUUGUCUCUAUAAUUAUGUAGAAUUAUUUAAAUGCAAAUUAAUCGCUAAUGAAUCGAGAAACGUAGUAUCAAAAACAACAAAAGGAUUCAUAAAUAUCAAUUAUGUAGUCUCCCGUGCUCAGAUGUUAGCUAAAUUUGUUUCUCAACAAAUGUCAGGACCAGAUCCUCUUAUUACAUGCGUGGAUCACCAAUUAGAGAUUCAUUUGAAAGAGAUUAAAGAUACCAUAGAAACCAGCGUAAUACCAUUGGGAAUGUUACGAGUUGGUUCUUAUUUCGAAAGAGCAUUGCUUUUCAAAGUGAUCGCCGAUAGAAUACAUUUACCUGCCGCCUUGGUGCGAGGAGAAUAUGGUAAAGCUUGGAUCGAAAUUGCUGUACCAGAGGUGAGAGUUCCAGUGGAAGAAAAUAAAUUUCAUGCUUAUGUAGACAGAGACAUGACCUGUCCAGAAAUUGUUACGAUUUAUCAACCUCUACAACAAUAUCAACAUAAAUACAUAGAUUCGAAUCUAAUCUUCGAGGAUCGUGCUUCAUCAGUUUUUCCAACAAAGCUGCUGAAACCAAACUUCAUUGUCGAUCUGAUGGAUUGCCCUGGAGACUUGAUUCCAAUUGACAGUCAACGAGCCAGAAAAUACCGCGAAAAAAAAUUAAUCUGCGAUAUUACAUGUUAAAACAA